GCCUCUGCUGCAGUUUUAACAGGACAUUUCUCAAUCCCUUAUAAGGCUCAGAGUGGCUCAGAGUGAGUGAUGUAAUGUGGAGGCAGGAGUUUGUAUUCAUUCCAGCUGCCAGACAAGCCAGCACGGCUCUAGGGCAAUCCACGAGUUAAUAGGAGCAGACCAGACAUCAGGAUAAAAUAGACCGGGAAAGUUAAUAUUCUAUAAUCCACCAUGGGGAAGUCAGCAUCGAAGCAGUUUGCAGAAGAAGUUUUGAGGACCCACAAUGAAUACAGAAGGAAACACAGAGUUCCAGGCUUAAAGCUCAGCAGUAAACUCAGCAGAGAGGCACAACAGUAUGCAGAUGCCUUGGCCAGCACCAGGAUUCUGAAACACAGUGCAGAAUCCAGCAGGGGGCAAUGUGGAGAGAACCUCGCCUGGGCUUCCUACGAUGAGCCAGGGAAAGAAGUAGCUGAGAGAUGGUACAAUGAAAUAAAAAAUUACAAUUUUAAUUGCCCUGGAUUUUCCUCUGGUACAGGACACUUUACAGCCAUGGUGUGGAAAAACACCAAGAAGAUGGGGGUGGGGAAAGCAAAAGCCUCUGAUGGUUCCACGUUUGUGGUGGCGAGGUACUUCCCAGCUGGGAACAUUGUCAACCAGGGACAAUUUGAGGAGAACGUGUUGCCACCGAAGAAAUAACCAACAAGGGCAGAGUUCAAGGGAUGAGAGAGGGAUAAGAAAUUGAAAUUGUAAAGGUGUCUUCAAGUUUAACCACUUGUUUUGUGAAACCAGAAUGACACUUUAAUCAACUUCUGUGCAUUUUAAAGUAACUGGUUUACAUGUAUGUUCCCAGGGGAACUGAUAUUGUACUGAGAGAUACAUUAUUAAUCCUGCAAUGCAAAAAGAAAACAAAACCACAAGGGGAAAUUCCUGACCUGCAGGACUUCUUAAUGACAGCAGGUACUGGAUUUUAAAGCAGAGAGGCUGUGCUGUUGUUCCCUGUUCACAAAUGAAACUCCUGGCCCUCUUUAGAAAAAGUGGUGAAAGAUUUAAUCAGUGCUAAAGCUUAUUUAAUAAGAUUUUGAAUAGUGUUUUGUGAAUAGAGCCCACUGUGAGAAACUUAUUGAAGAUGUUUAGAGUAAUUCAUAAAACAGUGUUCCCUGUUGAAGCAAAAGGAAGGCUUUGAUUUUUACAUUUGUGAAAAAUCUUUGAUAGUGUCUUUUCCCUUUUAAGAGAAACCAUUUGGAAUUGUACGGGUGGGGAUUUUUAAAACCCAUAAGACUAAAAUACUAUUUUAUGUUUAUAUCCAGCUUUAAUCCAGUAGUUUGCACCCCCCUUGUAUUGUCAUAAAGACUGCCAGAAUGCUCUUUAUAAUUAACGCUAUAUUUACAGCAAUCAAAUGAUAAACAACAUAAAAAAUAUAUUUGCAAGACUGUAAGACUUUGCAAUAAAGUGCAGUAGUUUGAGAACCAGAUUAUUAUUCUGGAUUUAUUUCCUCCAUUCCUGCAUGUCCUGAUUUAAUUUUAAGACUUCUUCUACAGACCUUUGUUUCUCCUGUUUCCAAGGCAACCGGUUACUAAUAUAUACAGGAAGUCUGGGCACUAGGGGUCAGGAUUUACAUCACAGUUUAUUUAACUGAAGACAUAAUAGAUGAAGUGUGCGUAUAGAACAGAGAGGGUUCCGUGAGAAAGCAAGCUAAUAGAUUGUAAAAUUACACACAAAAAAACAGUUUUUUUUUUUUUUUGUGGCCUAUACUAUUUAAGAUAAAUUGGGCCACAUUCUCAGCUAUUUACUCCACAUCGUGAUCCUCACAAUUUCUUUUCCUAAAAAAUCAACCAGAGCCUGUUAACAGAACCAUAAUUUAAAUGUCUACUGUAGUUUUUUUCUGUUUUGUUAACUUUUAUUUGGCGCAUUUUUGUUUUUUAAUAAAAAUAAUAAAUAACAAUAAC